UUUCUCAGUAUCUGAAUUGAGUCUCUUCUAGGAAACACCUCAGACAAGCUUUCAACAUUUUUCCAUUUUCGUCGACAUAAAGCCUAAUUUUUUUUUUUUUUUUUUUCUCUGUAACGUAAUAUUUAUUAUAUGUUCACGCUCUUAGGGUUUUAGCUUUUGAAUUUUUGAAUUUUGAACGUGAAAUUUUGAAGUGAUUUUCAUUUCGGGUUUAAGCGUCGAGAGGCAGAGAGUGAGCUUGUGAUGCUCGAGGAAUGAAGACGGUGAAUGCGCAGCCGCUCCAGGCGAGGCCGUUGGAGGAGCGAGAGGACCUGCUGGUGCAGGUGCCGAUAGAGGUGGAAGGUGACGACGGGGGAUCGGAGGACGAGUACGUCAAUGGGGGAGUCGAGGUGCUGGAAGCUCGGGUGCGUAGCAGUCCCGUUUCGGCGUCUCGCACCAGCGAGCUCACUGUCGCGUUCGAGGGCGAGGUCUACGUUUUCCCCGCGGUUACGCCCGAGAAGGUGCAGGCAGUGCUACUACUACUGGGAGGAUGUGAUAUACCCAAUAGUGUCCCUAACACUCAGAUUCUGCUACAACAGAAUAGCAGGGGUAUAGGUGAUACCUCGCGAGGUUCGAAACUUUCAAGAAGAAUUGCAUCACUUGUUAGGUUCCGGGAAAAGCGAAAAGAGAGAUGUUUUGAAAAGAAAAUUCGGUACACUUGUCGAAAAGAGGUUGCUCACAGGAUGCAUCGUAAGAAUGGACAGUUUGCAUCAUUAAAGGACUCUUACAAAGUGGCUGCUGAAAACUGUGAUUCAAGUGAUGGCACAACUUGUCCUGCACCUAUUUUACGUAGAUGUCAACAUUGUGGGAUUAGUGAAAAUUCUACUCCAGCAAUGCGUCGGGGGCCUGCUGGUCCAAGAUCCCUUUGCAACGCUUGUGGGCUAAUGUGGGCAAACAAGGGAACUUUGAGAGAUCUUACAAAAGCAGGAAGGCCGAUUCCUUUUGACCAAAGUGAGCCUGAAACUCCAGCUGAGAUUAAGCCUUUAAGAAUGGAACCUGAAAAUUCCUAUGCCAACCAGGAUGAUCAGGGAAGCCUGGAUGACACUAAGCCUGUACCUAUGGACCCUGGAAAUCCUUCUAUGAGGUCAGAUGAGCAGAAUUUACUGGAAACUGCUGCUGUUACUGAUCAUUUGUCCAUCCAACUACCGCCCGUUGACCUUGAUGAGCAGGAAACCCUUGAUGAACUUGCAAAUGAUUCAGGGACAGAAUUCGAGAUUCCUGAGAACUUUGAUGAGCAGGUUGACAUUGACGUAUCCAACAUGGGGGGGACUGACUGGCCAAGGAGCUGAAGAAUUCCAUGUGCUUACUGGUUUGCUCUAACAUUAGAAUGUUUAUAGACGACUCAGGAUUUACUCGUGGAUGCGAGUUGUACAACACACAGUAUACUUGUUUAUGCCAGUUGCUGUACAUUGUACUAAAAUUAUAUGCCAAUAAGUUAUUUUCUUUUUAUUUUUUUCA